AUGAAGAUCAAAGCCCUCAGCCGAAACAUCUCGGCCCAACAAGCCCCCGGUAACGACGUCACCCGCGCACCCCGUAACCUUGCGCCCGAACUCCAUCCCUUCGAGCGCGCUCGCGAGUACAAGAGAGCCCUCAAUGCCGUCAAGUUGGAGAGAGUCUUCGCCAAGCCCUUCCUCGGCCAGCUAGGAAAUGGCCACGUUCAGGGUGUCUACACCAUGGCCAAGGACAAGAACUCGCUACACACAAUCGCUUCCGGUUCCGGUGAUGGUAUCGUCAAGGUCUGGGAUCUCACAACACGGGACGAAGCAUGGAAGGCGGCCGCCCACAACAACAUCGUCAAGGGAAUGACCUUCACCAACGACAAGAAGCUCCUCACAUGCGCCACCGACGGCAUCAAGCUUUGGGACCCUUAUACCAAGACCGACUCUCCUACGCCACUCGCGACAUGGCAAGAAGGUGGACCAUACACGGCUCUCUCGUUCCAUCGUACCGCCAACUCCUUCGUCGCCUCCUCGGGUGCCGGCUGCAUUCGUGUUUGGGAUUUGGAGCACAGCACGGCUCCUCAGACAAUACAGUGGCCGAACCACACCGACACCAUCACCGACGUUUGCUUCAACCAGGUUGAGACCUCGAUCGUUGGUUCCGUCGGCACAGACCGCUCCGUUAUUCUCUUCGAUUUGCGCACAAACAUGCCCGUCAUCAAGACUGUUCUCAAGUUCGCCGCCAACCGUAUUGUCUUCAACCCCAUGGAGGCAAUGAACAUGGCCGUUGCCUCGGAAGAUCACAACGUCUACCUCUUCGACGCCAGGAACUUCACCAAGGCGCAAAAUAUCCAGAAGGGUCACGUUGCGGCGGUUAUGGACGUCGAGUUCUCUCCUACCGGCGAGGAGCUCGUGACUGGUUCGUAUGAUCGCACAAUCAGGGUGUGGCGCCGCGACCAGGGCAUGUCUCGCGAUGUCUACCACACCAAGCGUAUGCAGAGGGUGUUCCGGACUACCUGGACCAUGGACUCCAAGUACCUUCUCAGCGGUAGUGACGAUGGUAACAUCCGCUUGUGGCGUGCCAAUGCCUCUGAGCGCAGCGGCGUCAAGGCGACCAAGCAGAGACAGGCGCUCGAGUACAACAAAACCUUGGUCGAGAGAUAUUCCCACAUGCCCGAGAUCAAGCGUAUCUCCCGCCACAGACACUUGCCCAAGGUGGUCAAGAAGGCGGCCGAGAUCAAGCGCGAGGAGCUUGCGGCCAUCAAGAGGAGGGAGGAGAACGAGAGGAAACACUCCGUCAAGCAGUUCGAGAAGCGCAAGGCGGAGAGAGAGAAGGCCAUCCUGGCCAAGCUGGAGUAA